UCCGGGAUGUCUGUGCCUACUUGACGCGCGCGUUUGUCCGGGAAAGAGUUUGCAUGCCGAAGAUCAGGAAGUGUCACGGAUUGAUGAGCGAGUCUGACGAACACCUUCGGACAUGUCGCUGACCGGAGCUGCUGCACCAACGGACUGACCAGAGGAGGAGGAAUGUUCUACUGGUCGGUUGGCAGUCCUCCGGACUCUGGAGGCAGCGAGAUGACGCAACCAAGCAGCCCAGGGGAUGAGAUGGGAGCCAAGAUUUCCUUGGUGGAGAGUGCUGCCCCCCGCCCGGCACUGACUCCUUCUCCCACUCUAGAGAACAUCCAGGCAGCAUACGAAGGUGGAGAAGAGGACUCUGCGCGGGAGCUGAUCCAGCAAGCCUGCUGCGUGGAGUGCAGCGCCGGGAUGCCCCGGAUCGGCGGGACGAGUCUUCUGUGUGUGGCCGUGCAGCACGGAGACCUGCAGAGUGUCUGUUACCUCCUCAAAGAGGCCCGAAUCCCUGUUUCCCAGGAGCCGUCCAGUGGCAACCCGGCAAUCCUGGCGGCUUACUACGGUCACACCAGUGUGGUCCAAGAGCUGCUGGGCGCCAUGUCAGGUCCGCGCUUGAGGAAAGACCUGCUCAACUGGAUGCUGGCCACAUCUUGCCAGCAAGGUCAUCUGGAUAUGGUCCGCCUGCUGGUUCUCACCUACAGUGCCGAUGUUAAAGACUGUGCCAUCCACACUGGGGACUUUGCCGUCAUCAAUGGCCUCCCGCUCUACGCCGCCGCGCAGGCAGGAAAUGAGGAUAUCGCAGACUUCCUGCUGCAAAGUGGUGCAGCGUUCUCCUCGUACACGCUGAUGGACCACCCGACCUUCAGCAGAAACCUCCUCAGGAAAAAAGUCCAAGAAUUGGAGAGUGUGGAAUCUGAGCAGUCUGUGAGAGUGUCCUGGAGUGGCCUGCAGCUGCCCUGGCUGGAGCUGGACUGGUUCAUGGACUUCUCAUCAGGCAUCACCCACUUGGACCUGUCGUCUAACCGCCUGGCCACGCUGCCCUCUGUGGUGCCCUGGGGCCUCAUUCACCUCUCGGACCUCAAUCUGUCCAACAACCAACUGAAGCAGCUGCCCCCUGCUGCCAGCUCCCGGGAAGUCAUCUGCACCAGGUUACAGCGGGUCAAUCUCUCCCAGAACCUGCUGACCAGUUUGCCGCUUCCCCUGCUCCACCUGACCAACCUAGAGAGGCUUUCUGCAGCCAAGAACCAGCUGACCGAACUGUUUGAAGUCCCUGCCUCGACCAACUGGAUCGGACUCCGUUGUCUUGAAGAGCUGGAUGUGUCUGACAACUCUCUGACCAGUCUUCCCACGUCCAUAAUGCACUGCCUUAAAUCCCUGAGCGUCCUGAACGUGAGCCGCAACAAGCUGGCAGACUUCCCGGACCCCUGGGCCUGCCCUCUGACACUCUGUAAAGCCUCUUCCAAUCUCAUCACGUGUCUUCCGGAAACCAUCUCCAUCUUCUGGAGGAAUCAGCUGCAGGAGGUGGACUUCUCCGACAACUGCCUGAAUGAGUUGCCCUCAUACAUCUUUGAACUGGAGUCUGUGCUCUCAUUGAAACUCUGUGGGAAUAACAUUGCCACACUCCCACCGCUCGCCAAGUGGAGUUGCUGUCAGCUCAGGACACUGGACCUUUCUAGGAACCAGCUGGGCAAAACAGCAGAGAGUCCGAAGACCAGGAGGCUGGCCUUCUUGACCACGUGGAGUAAAAGGGAUCCAGAACCAGCGUGUCCCAUCGAGUUUCCCAAACUUUUGCGGAAUUCCUUAGAGGUGUUGUUUCUGAACGACAACCAGUUGGAGUGUGUUCCUCAGUCGGUGUGUGACCUCCUCGCCCUCAAUGAGCUCUACCUGUCCAAUAACCCUGGAAUCCGUGAGCUUCCUGUAGAGCUGGGCCAGCUGCCCAACCUCUGGCAGCUUGACGUUGAGAACCUCAACAUCAAUAAUGUGCCGCAGGAAGUUCUCAGUGAAGGUCCGGUGUCGGUCCUGGCUUACCUUCGCGCGCACCUGCGUAAAGCAGAACCUUGCAAGCUGCUGAAGAUGCUGGUCAUCGGUCCACCCAGACAGGGGAAGAGCGCCGUGCUGGAGGCGCUGCAGACUGGCCGGGCGUCGCCCUUCACUCCUGCUGAAUGCAGCAUCUCAACAGCCCCCUGGGAGCUUGACAGCCACCACGGAGGGAAAGCCUCUCAGAAGAAUUCAGUGGUGUUCAACGUGUGGGACAUCGGAGGACAAGCCAGCAUGUCUACAGUCAACCAGUGCUUCUUCACAGACAAAGCUCUGUACGUGGUGAUCUGGAACCUGGCUCUGGGUGAGGAGGCUGUGGCCAGCCUGCAGACCUGGCUGCUGAAUAUCGAGGCCCGAGCUCCCAAUUCUGCCGUGGUGGUUGUGGGAACUCAUCUGGACCUCAUCGACACCAAGUUCCGCACCGAGCGGCUGGCCACACUCAGGGCCUACAUCCUGGCUCUCUGCCGCUCUCCUUCUGGGGCCCGAGCCACUGGCUUCCCGGACAUCACCUGGAAACAUCUGCACGAGGUCUCCUGCAAAACUCUAGAGGGUCUGGAUGGGCUGAAGAAGCUGAUCUUCCAAGUGGCGCUCUCCAUGAGGGACUCCAGCAGCAGCUCGCUCUAUGGAAGCAGGCUGCUGGGCAGACUGAUCCCCAGGAGCUACCUGAUGCUUCAGGAGGCAGUGCUGGCGGAGAAACAACGGCGUGCCGGUGAGGGAGAAGUCCAGUACUUGACCGACGUCCAGCUGGAGAGCAUCAUUGAACAGAACCCAGGAAGUGACAUCAGAGAUUAUGAGGACCUGCAGAGCGCCAUCCACUUCUUGAUAGAGACGGGAACCCUGCUGCACUUCCCGGACACCAGCCACGGCCUCUGCACGCUCUACUUCCUGUGUCCUGUGUGGCUGUCCGAGUGCUUGGAGAGGAUCAUCCACCUCAAGUCUUCCCGCUCCGUGGCUAGGAACGGCCUAAUCCGAGCGUCAGACCUGAGGAUGCUGCUGGUCGGGACUGGUUUCACCGACCAGACGGAGGAGCAGUAUUUCCAGUUCCUCGCCAAGUUUGAAAUCGCUCUGCCAGUUGCCAACAACAGCUACCUUCUCCCUCAUCUCCUGCCCCCGAAACCCGCCAUGGACAUCCACUGCUUCCGUCAGCAGACCACCAACACCCUGCAGCGUCUCUUCAAGAUGAGCUUCGUCCCUGCUGGCUUUUGGGAGCGCUUCAUCGCACGCAUGCUGAUCAGCCUCACGCACAUGGACCUGCAGGUACUGGCGACUGAAGCCUCAAUGAAAACGCAAACCAACUCAGAAAUGCUGUCGAUCCAGUCGUUGGAGACCAAGAGAAACGGCCACAGCAGCAGGAGCUCUGUCAUCUACAACUUCAGCAGUAGCCAACAGAGGAACCGAUGUAGCACCUUCAGAGUCCGACGUAGUCAGACCAUAUACUGGAAGGAGGGGCUGCUGGUCUCCUUCGAUGGAGGCUACCUGAGCGUGGAGUCAUCGGAUCUUAACUGGAAGAAGAAGAAAAGCGGCGGCAUUAAGAUCAUCUGCCAGUCGGAGACCAGAGACUUCUCAGCCAUGGCUUUCAUCACCGACCACGUCAACGCCCUCAUCGAGCAGUGGUUCCCAGCGCUGACAGCCACUGAGAGUGACGGCAGCCUGGUCAUAGAGCAGUACGCCCCCUGUCCCCUCUGUCAACAGAACAAGAAAGGUUCGGACCCGGGUGGAGAGGCGGGAGGACGUGACGGAGGAAGGGAAGGAGGCGUCCACUACUUCAACAUGGAGGACUGUGUCCUGGCUGCCGUGGAGAAGGAGCACAUUAUCUGUCCCCAGCAUCCAGACCAGCUGGUUCCUUUGCAAGAGCUUGUUCCAGAGCUCUUCAUGACCGACUUCCCUGCACGACUCUUUUUAGAGAAGAGUGAGCUGGAAUACUGCGAGGACGACAGCGCCAUCAUCGGUCAAGGCGGCAGCGGGACAGUCAUCUAUCGGGCAAAGUACCGCGAGAGGCCCGUGGCAGUCAAACGCUUCCACUUUAAGAGGUGUCGCCAGCAGAGCAGCAGCUGUGGCCCAGACACUAUGCUGAAACAUCUCCAGUCCGCCGACGCCUGCCGCAGCUUCUCCGAGUUCCGGCAGGAGACCAGCAUGCUGCACUCUCUGCAGCACCCCUGCAUCGUCUCCCUGAUGGGCAUCAGCAUCCAUCCGCUCUGCUUCGCCCUGCAGCUGGCGCCGCUGGGCAGCCUCAACACUGUGCUGGAGGAGAGACGCAGAGGCUCCGCCUACAUGCCUCUGGGUCACAUGAUGACGUUCAGAGUUGCUUAUCAGAUCGCGGCAGGCCUGGCCUACCUUCACAAGAAAAGCAUCAUCUUCUGUGACCUCAAAUCGGACAACAUCCUGGUCUGGUCUAUGGAGGUGCAGGACUCGGUCAACAUCAAGCUGUCAGACUAUGGCAUCUCACGACAAUCCUUCCAUGAGGGGGCGUUGGGAGUGGAAGGCACCCCAGGAUACCAGGCCCCUGAGAUCCGGCCUGGCAUUGUCUAUGAUGAAAAGGUGGAUAUGUUUUCCUACGGCAUGGUUCUGUAUGAGCUGCUGACUGGCUGCAGGCCAGUGCUUGGACACCACCAUCUUCAGAUCGCCAAGAAGCUCUCCAAAGGCAUCCGGCCGCCGCUCGGCAGUCCAGAGGAGGUUCAGUUCUGCAGCCUCCAGACCCUACUGACGGAGUGCUGGGACACCAAGCCAGAGAAGAGGCCCGUGGCAGCGCAGUGCGUACGGCGGAUGAUGGAGCCCAGCUUCCCGUGUCUCCGAUAUUUGAUGCCAUGUGACACCCAGUCGCAGCUCUUUCUGUCCCCGCUGCAGGGCUACAGUGCUGUGUUCUGGAGCGGACUGGACCAAGACAGGAACUACAGUGUGGUCAAUGUCCAGAAAGGCUGUGUGGAGGUGAAGAGAGUGUCGUGUCCUGGCGGGAAAAUCAGCUGUCAGAUGAAGAUGGGCAACACAUUGUGGAUCGCCACCGAGGAACAGGAGGUCUUCAUCUACACUCUGAAGGACAUGUGUCCCCUCAGUCGGCCACAGAGACACCUCUCCAGUCCAGCCGUGGUCACGUGCCUGCUCGCUGCUCCAGCUGGAGAACAGAGCCUGGCCCGAGUCUUCGCUGGGAUGUCCGACGGUCUGGUGACAGUCUACUACCUGGUCGAGGGCCUUCCUGAGCAGGGCGACACCUACUUGUGCUCUCACACUCUAAACAAGACGGUGUUCGGCCUCAAGGACUCCGAUCCCAGGCAACGACCUUGUGCGGUGAAGAGUAUGGUUUUAGUCAGCAGCGGAUCCCAGCUCUGGUUCUCUCACGGUUCUGGCCUGCUAGUGGUGGACUCCGUCAGUCUGAAGGCCUUGCGAAGGCUUGAGCCGUACAGUCCGCCUUCAUCAAUCGUCUCCAUGGCAACCAGCUUCAGCCUGUGGGGACAGGAGGCGGUGUGGACCCUGGACGACUGCAGCAACACCCUGCUGCUCCACCACGCCGCCACCUACCAGAUCUGUGCCCAGUACUGCUGUGGCGACAGCAACCCACUGCGGGACGUCUUCACCGUGCAGCGUCCGACGGGACUCCCCUCGGUGACGCCGGAGCCCCAGGAGGCGGAGCCGGAGCAGAUACCCGGGGAGGUCACCGUGACCCACAGCAAGGAGGCCGGCACUCAGAUCAUCCAGCGCCAGGACUCACUGACCGACUACUGCUCCGUGACGUCGGACCUGGGCUUCAGCUGCACCAUGGACACGGCGUCACCGUCCAUCAGCACCAGCCCUCCACCGGCGUCAGACUUGGAGGAGGGUGGCUUGGACAAGGAGGAGCCAGGAUCUGCUCAGUGUGAGCAGAAGACAUCAGAGAGCGUGAUGUCCACUCCCCCUCAGCUGCAGGCCGUCUGUGUGCUGCCGGUCAAUGAGGCUCUGUGGAUCCCCAGGCGCGGUGGCGACACACUGGUCAUCGAGAUGCAGCUGGACGAGAGCCGCGGUCGAGUGGUGGCCGCGCUCAGCCCACCUGGAUGCUCCUCUCUGGGGAGCCUGGAGGAGGCGGCGCUGGUGGCGAAGGACGCGGUUGUGUGCGGCUUCCGUCAGGAGAACAGGGAGUGGAGCCUGUGUGUCUGGAGGAGCUGGGGCUGCCGCGAGCUGGAGCUCUUCUACCGGAGCUACGAGGAUCUGGGCCGCAUGGAGACCAGCAUGAGGAAGAGGAGGUAGCUGUCGUGCACGCGCCUGGCGGCCGGGAGCCCCAGGACACGUGCGUGAGGACUGGUGAAACCUACAGCGGGUCUGCAGAGUCGGAUGAGUGUCACCGUCCGACCGCAGCCGUGUCCUGCGCCACACUCUUUUGCUGACGCUCUGUUUUAGGUUUUUAACUAUUUACCAAUGACGUGACCUGAGAACAAACAGGAAGUGGAAUCCCUGCAGCCGCAGACAGCAGCGCUGUGAUUGGUUGCUUCACUCCCACCGGAGGCUUCGGCUCACGUCGCGCUUUUAAACAAAUCCAUCCACACUUUGGGAAAUCGAUGACGAUUUCACGCACAAAUCUUUGUUUCCGCACCUGAACCACGGUGGUUUCCUCAUGUCGCACUUGACACGGGCGCCAGGGGGCGCUGUAGCGCACGAUCAAGCUUUUAAGGUGACGGUGGCGGGUUUAUUCCCCUAUUUCAUCUAUUUAUUCAGCGCGUUUUCCAUUUUUAAAUCGUGUUUUUUACCUGGUGCGUCUGUGCUGGCAAGUGCAUGUGUAAAUACAAGAGAUGUAAAAAGUGAUUAUUUUACUGAAUAAAUCUUUUAUGACCUUUGCCACCUCGGUUGGGUUUUUCUCCAGCGUCCCCGGCUGAUGACAUCACAGCCUCCACAUGCAGUGGUGAUUCUGUCGCACUGUCACAUGACCCGCGGUUUGGGCGCCGCCAUCUUGUCGCGGCAUCACCCUCCUGUUCAACCUUCCCAAGCUUUGAUGGAGCUACAGAAGCUGCAGAGAGCGACGCGUCUGGGCAGAGACUCGGCGUCGAAUAAAGCGGUGGAGAAAGUCUAACUUGAGAUGGUGAACAAACAAACCACGGUGGAGUUUCUUGGUAGGAGGUCGGUGCCAGCCGUUUCCCCAGCCGCCGGCGAGAUGCCCCGGCGUGCCAUGAAUGACACUCUUGUCAUGACGGACGACUCGGGUUCAGGCCGGGACUCGUGUCUUCUCAGAGCUCAGCAGGGGCCCAAGUUUCUGAGACCUUCCUUUUUAUUAUUAAUAUUCAUCCCGUGGUCUUCUGGGACGGAGCUUGUUUUACAUUUGUCACGUUACGGCCAGCAGGCCGGUACGGACUGGUCAGGUGAAAGCGCUGACUCAGCGCUGCGGACACUCGCCCUCUGUGAGUCCUGCUCUCCCAGUGGAGACAGAAGGACUCUGCUCUCCUCAGCUUCUCUCUAUAGCACGUCUUUGCUUUGCUGUACGUUGAAUCACAAACAUUCAUCCACCUUUCCAUCUCAUCCCCCCCCUUCACCAGUCGGAGCCUUGCUCUCCAGGGUUUGUCGGCCAUGAUGGUGACAUGCUCAGCUGGAGAGACCGCUUCGCUCCUCGGUGAAGAAUGACGUGCUCAUCCGGGGUGAAACCUGUUCCUGACUUGGUCACCAAGUCUGGCAACCCACCAAAUUUUUUUUUUUUAAUGAAAGAGCAAGGACAAAUCUGGCAACUUAUUUUGUGCUCCAGCUUUCUGUGAAAAGGCUGAGGCUUCAUGAAACAGUGUCCUGAUGUUCACAGGCCACUAGGAGGCGCUGUCUGCUCUAAUGUCUGGAUUUGCACAACUGUUUCAAAGAAACAGCAAA